UUUUACAUUUUUGAAUAAAUAUUUUGAAUAAGACGAGUCAAAGGUUUCGAAAAAACUAAACGGUGCCAUGUAUUUGUGAACGGCUACUGUCGUCAUCCUUUCGCGAAGCGCCCAUCACAUGCCACAUGUCCAAUCCCCGUCCCCUUCUCCUUCUACCUCCCCAGCCAAGCGCUCCGUCUGAAAGCGCCAUCCGCCUCAUUCGUCCAGAGCUUGUCGCCGCUGGUCGCUGCUCCCCUGACGCGUGGGCUGCCACUGGCCGAGGGAGGCCGCCGUCCUGGUGGAUGAGGUCCGCAUGCCGGAGCAAGACGCGAAGGAGCCGGCGUCGGCCGCAGAGCAGAUCUUGACGCCGGAGAAACCGGAGGCGCUAAGAGCGCGCGGCUGCAGCAUGGCGCUCUCCGUUAAGGGCAUCUGUCGAGCCGCGCUUGGGUUGCGGCGGCACAGACUGAGGCGACAACACUGAUAGCGGAUGACCUCGAGUCUGUCGAGCGGGAGCUCAGCAUUGGCGUCGGGGCUGCACGGAGCCCCGUCAAGCACAACUGCACAAGGCGGAGGUCAAACUGCCGGAGAGGUGAGCCUGCUACUCGGUGCUGCUGACAAUGUCUUCAAGCAAGAGGGUGAAACGGCAUACCUAGCGUCAAAAAGGAAUAUUAAGCAGAGGCUUGUGGCAUUCUACAUGUACCACCCUGAGAGUCCUUUUGAAUUUCCUGACAAGACAAGUAUUGCAUCGUCCAAGUUUUGUUCUAUUUAUGAACCCAAGUUGAAGCCUAUUUUUUUAGAUUCAGUUCUUCUGCCAUUUCACUGUAACCGUGUCUGCUAACUUAUAUGAAUAUUUUUUUCCAAUGCGCGCGAAGCGCGUACCAGUUACUAGUGGAUACAAGAACCCGGUAUCAAUCUGUUUUUUCGUUUCAGUAGACCAUUGUGUGACACCAGUUCCCAAUUUUGGUCCUUGGAAAGAGAAGAGUGAGUGCAAGAAACAACAAUACACAACAAAGUUGGAUUGCAAACAACAGAUAGGGAUUUCACAGCAAGGGAGUUUCAUAGACAAAUUUCUUUUUUUUUCUGUCUCCAAGGCAAUACUCAUUUUUUGAAAAAAAAACUCAAAAGAAAACAAAAAAAUUAGAAAUUACUAACGACCAGGUGUUCAGAAAACAAUGGCUGGGAGAUAUUGUGAGAACUAAAAUUAGCUAAUGGUUAUGCUCUUAUCUAAAUCUAGUUAUCAGUCAUAUUUCUUCUCUUUCAUGCCUCUUCUGUGUAUAGGAUAGGAGCAAAGGGAGACAUAGUCACACAGUUGGUUGUUUGAUUACCAUGUCACUGAAACAGCAUAUGCCAGGCAUGCAAAGGUCCUUUUUAUCUAUUGUUGACCUCAAAAUAAUCCCUGGUGGUAAUAUCAUUUUUGGUUUCAGAUACGAGUACCGUCAAAUGAGAAGAGGAAUGGAAGCACAUCAUCUUCUGUCAGCUAAAUCCUGCUCUUACCCUUGGAGUAAAAGCGAGCGUGUAAAACAUACAUGGCACAUGUGAAAUUGAUACAAGUCAAGCUUGAAGGGGG